GGGGUCGCUGAGCAACCCAGCUGAAACAAACCAGAGAAGUACACUCGAACUCAGCCGAACCGAAGAAUAUGUAUAGACGUUCUUUGGCAGAACGGUCGUUUUCGUUAGUUUUGGCUGCGCGCUGGCGACGGUACAAAAUCUUGUUCGAUAUCUGUGGUAGCAUCUUUGCCGCUCUUCUCCGUUCACUUUCUUUUUUCUUUGUUGUGAAUAUCUGCUACAGUUUUAAAGGAUUACACGCUUGUGAUGCAUGAUUAGCCACGAUUCUUUAUCAAAUUACCAACCGAAAAUAUUAGGAUCAAAAGAUCCAAUGUCCCACAGGAUAAUUGAGAAGAGGCGCCGAGACAGGAUGAAUAACUGUCUCGCUGACCUCAGCCGCCUUGUGCCUACAAAUUAUUUAAAAAAGGGUCGUGGAAGGAUCGAGAAAACAGAAAUCAUAGAAAUGGCUAUAAAACAUUUGAAACAUUUGCAAGCUCAUCCCUGCAAAGAUCCUGGAAGUUGUGAAGUUGCCAAAGCAACAGAACAAGACCACAAACGUCAGUACAGACUUGGCUAUCAGGAGUGUAUGUCCGAGACUGUUCGAUUUAUGGUAGAAUCAGAAGGUCUUUUUUCUGGUGAUGAUGUGUGUAUGAGACUCAUAAACCACUUGCAGAAGCACUACGAUAAAGUCGCAGGAGGUCUUUGUUAUACACAAGCACUGGGUAUGAUGAUAUCAGAGGAGUCAAAAGCAACAGUGCAAAUGGAAGUCGACAACCAUUCAAGUUCUUGUUUUCCACCAGAAAAUUGUUCCAAUGGAGGAAUGCUUCCAGAUAACACCCAUGUAAAUAACUUUCCCUAUGAAAACAGGAGUUCUGAAGUACCUGAACUGAAGCAAGAGGUUGAAGUAAAUGGACACAAUCAUGCAACGCACAAUGAGAUGAAAGUGAGCAGUCAACUCCGCGAGAUGCUGCAGAAUCCAGGAGUGCCUAAAGAUCCAUCACGGUGCAGCAGUAGGAAUAGCAACAACAAUGUUGGUUCUGCACCUUCUCCUCUUCCACAGCCGGUUCCUGUGUUGGUUUCCAACCAGAAUGACAUGCCUAAGAAUGAAGAAGGCUACUAUAAAUUCAAAAACAACAUAAAACACAGGUUCAAUGCCGACUUGAGACAUCAUACAUCCUCUCCCACAGACAGUCAUCUUUCGGACAGGAUGUCUUUGCCGGACGAAGACAACAAUAACAACAAAAUUCACCUCUCUGACAGUUCUCCAUUGCGUCCCUGUCAUCCAGGGCCUAUUUCAGACGAUCGUCUGGGUCACCCUCCUACACUUCUGUGCAAUCCCGGUUCCCAUCCAGGACAUGCUUUCUCACCCUACACUCCUAAUCAUGUAGCUUCUGAACUCUCCGUUAAAAUUCCCGACAGGACUGCCCCAAUUGAAAAUGGUGCGUUGUCCUAUGGGAAUCAGCACUGGGACUCUCAUGUUGAAACAGCAAGUAGCUGCGGCUCUAAUCCGAGCCCACCACCGAAUGCUGCACGUUCUAAUGGUAGUAGCUCAGGAUACAGCACAAACGGUGAAAAUAAUUCUGGUCCCACCAAGCUCAAACCUCAUAAUGGGACACAUUCUCCAGCGCUUUCUCCUUAUUCACGCACUCCUGACCGAAUGUCAAAUCGGACACCCAGCCCCAUGCAGCCGGGAGUACCUAUCUUCGCCCUUCAUCCCAAAGGUACAUUUUACAUUCCUCUGACUAUUGAUUCAUCAUUGCUUGUUCCUUACAUGGUAGGCGUGGACGAUCUAGCACCUGUAUUGCAUCCCAUCAGCAUUUGCGUCAAUCUGAGCAGCCAUUCCUUGAAAGUCGAAAAAAUGAAUGGAACUGCCAUGCUACAGUACAGGCCACAGUCUUCGUUCCUUAUGGAAAAAUUCCAGGAUCGGUACAUCUAUGCAGAGAGGCCUAUGUUCUAUCCAAGUCCUACCAGUCCAGCUAGGAAUGGUUGCACGUGAGUUAGUGGCUUAGAGAACUGAUUAUUUUCAAGUAUGGGCAUAAAGUAUUGGAAAAAAAUUGUUAUGCUGGUAUACCGAGCAAAAUCCAACAGCCAAAAUGGUUCUUUUGUAAAUAUUUGAAAGUGUGUGUAUAUGAUAUUAUGUAAAAAGAAACUGUUGCUGAUGAAGAUUCAGUUCAUUUUUUUUCUCUGUAUAAAAGAAAAAUAUUUGUACGUAUGUAGCACCCUGGUCAUUGAAGAAGGGUAUGUGAUAUAAACUGUAUAAUGGAAUAGGAUAAUUUGAAACCCAUUGAUCUUUAAUAUUGUAUAUUUUAAUUUCAAAUUCUAGUGUGUUUGGUAUUUCAUGUAAAAAUUUGAAUGUAAGUGGUACACGUUCUAAAUUAGAAUCGAGAGUUAUGAAUGACGUCACAGAGAAAAUAUUGUGCCUUAUGACAAAAUAGGCAGUUAGUGUCAGUUUUAAUAGUUACAUUUUAUAUCAUUGCAUUCCUGCAUUUUAAAAUUGAGUAUUCCAUUUAUAACAUAAUUUACUUUUCAUCUUAUAAUUAAAUUUUUGCAAUUUAAUUAUUGUUCAUGUGUAGAUGGAUUAAAUACUUCAUUGCCAAAAUUGUAAGCAAAACAUAUGUUUAUCUAGAUUUACAAUUUCUUGCUUUAAUAAAUUAUAAAUUCAGCUUUAAAUGAGAGAAUUAACUAUGUCCUGUCAAGAAUUUAUAUUUGACUAACUGAAGAGAGAUGCUCGUAAUAAAUCAAAUAUGUGACUGUUCUAGAGUGUGUAAGACUAUCAAUUAAUAUUUCUUGAGAUAAAAAAAAUUAAAUUAUAUGAAAGUUUAACUUAAAUUAAGGUUCAUUUCAAUAUUUGUUUAGAUUUUAAUUAUAUUUUGUAACGUUUGUCAAAAUGAAUUGGAAGGAAAGCAUAAAAGAUGCGUGCAUUUAAAUGUAAAAAUUGUACUGAAGUGGUUAAAAGUAAUUAUGCCGCAUUUAUUUUGUGUUAAAUGUGAAAUAGUCUUAAGUUUUUACAAGUUGUUAAUUAUUCUUUAUUUGAGUAUGAAAAAACACAAAUACCUUCCUGAGGAAACUCAUAGAACUAGAUUGAAUUUGUCUGCCUUAAGGGAAUGCUAUUCCUGUAGAAGAGGUUUAAAGAAAAACAAAUUUUUAUUAACAUUAGAAUAAGUCAUGAAAACAUCUAGCAUUUGAACCUGUGUUCAGUGGCCACUGGUAGACUGGCGUUCAAAGCUGAAUAAAAUUAAAAUUGUAUUUAAGUGUCUUGAUCUCUGUGCCUCUGGUAGGCUCCAAAUUCUAUUAUAACAUGAACGUAAAUGUUCUGGGAAGAUAUUCUUGUGGAUAUAAAUAUAUUAGAUUGGUUUUGUUUGAGUGUGUUUGCUUAUGUGAGGAGGCAUGAUUUAAAAUGUUGAAAGAUAUUUAAGAAAAAAAGAUUGUAAUAUAAUUUAUUAAGAAUUUUAUUUUUGUGUUUUUUAAUACGUAGAUUAUUAUUUAUAAUAAAUUCAAAACUUUUUAAAAAUUAUUUUGGUAUUAAUAUAUAUUGACUUUGAGUUGAUGGGUUUCAUUUCGUGUGAUAUUUUGUGAUGAAUACAAAAGUUAAUUACCUAUGUUUGAUAUAACAGCAAGUGCCUAUGUUGAUGGAUCAAAAUGUUGAACUGUACGGAAGAUAGUUUACUGCUACAAAUCAUCAUGUUUACGAAAUGUUUUCUGUAAAUCAUGUGUGUAUACAAAGCUUGUAAAAAUUGUUAUAAUAAAAAAUACAUGCAGUGCCAAGUA